AUGGCGGAGCCAGUCUCUGUUCUGUUCGUGUGCCUAGGCAACAUCUGCCGAUCGACCAUGGCCGAGGGUAUUUUUCAGCAUCUGGCCAAGGAUGCGCGGUACAAGGACAAGAUUGGACGAGUAGACUCUUGCGGAACGGCUGCCUAUCACACGGGUGAUGAGCCCGACUCGCGGACCAUGUCCACGCUCGAGGACAACGGCAUCACUGACUACCGCCACCGAGCGCGGAAGUUUCUGACGAGCGACUUUGAAAAAUUUGACUACAUCUUUGCCAUGGAUCGGUCGAACCUGUCGGACCUGCAGCGGCUGCAGCGCGGUAACGCAAACAGCAAGGCGAAGCUGAUGCUGUUUGGCGACUUCGCCGGAGGCAAGAAGGGCGAGGUGGUCGAGGACCCUUACUACGGCGGACGGGACGGGUUCGAGAAGGCGUUUGAACAAUGCUCACGCUUCGCAAACAAUUUCCUCAACGAGGUGGUGGGCGAGUGA